UUUCAUGCUCGUUCGAAAGUUACAUGUUUGUACACGUCCUUCUGGUUCAAAUACUUCCUUUUUCUACAUAGACUAUAUCAUCUAACGACGUGUUUACGAGAUGAAGGAAUUUUCAGGCCAUUGUUAGCAAUGGGGCAAGAGAGAGGAGAGUGGUAUACGAAUGGGGGUAGGUAAAGGUAGUCUAUAUAAACGUGUGAAGUGUCGGCGCUUAUUCUUCAGUCAACGGAAAUAUAAGUGGAAACUUGAACUUGUGAAACUUGUGUUCAUUAAAAAUAAUGGAAGGAGUGGAAAAAAUAGAAGCAGUGGAAAGAUUAGUUAAAAAGUGUAUAUCUGUGAAUAGUACUGUCGGCAUACCAGAGAACUUAAUAAAUGAUCAAUACCGCACGUUUGUUGGGGAAUACGUCCCGUACCAACGGUGCGGAUUUGCCAGUUUAUAUGAUUUUCUCAUUAACAUUCAUGGAAUCGAAAUGUACGUCGAAAACGGAACAGAAUUUUUCAAAAUAAAUUGGCACAAAGAACUGCAUAACGAUAUCAAAGAUUGUUUAGAAUUUAAGAAUAACUUUACAUAUAAAGACAAUAUUAUGUGGAACACCAAUCAUCCGGUUAAACUGUAUGGACCGGUAUUUCAAGGAUAUCAAUUUAUAAGCGACGACUAUUUGCUUCAAUUAGUUAUAGAAAAUUCUCCACUCCCAAUAAGUAAACGCAAAGAUCAUCAUACACUCUAUUGUGGUUUGUGUGUGUCAGGGCAAACAAUUCUAAGAUGUGUUUGCAGUGUAAAAAAUAGCAGACGUAUCGCCAAUCGAGUAAUUAUUCAAUUGGGCUCGGUAGAUAUCUAUAACAAAUGGCACGUUGGACCAAAUUACGUGUUAUUCACGCAAUUUUUCGCUUCUGACGUCACGACUUCAAUAUGGCCGCGGCGAGUACUCAGGAGCCAAAUGGUAACUUUUCGCUGAUUCGCACGGGGAAUAAAAUGUAUAUUUAAUAUUAGAAUAUACUUUAAGUAUUAGAAUGUAUUUUACGUCAUGGCUGAUUUUAGAUUUUAAAUGCUUUUUUAAUAUUAAUAUAAAAAUACAUUUUUCAUAUCUUUAAAUUAUAAAAAUCAACAUAAAUAAAGCAUAUGACAAAAGACAAUAGAAA